AUGGCAGUUUCUCUGGCCACUUGGCACGAAAUUGACAUUGUAUCUCCCGCAGACACGACCAAGUACCUUGGGUACAAAGUGGGAACCGGAGAGCUGACUAACAAAAACUGGGCCCAGCGCAUUCGCAAGAUCCAGCGGCGACUCCUGACCGCAAUUAAAGUGGCUACCAGCGUGAAAAAUCGGGUACUCAUUUUGAACUCUAUCGUUCUACCGUCGCUAUUGUUCACGGCGAUUGCAUUUGAUCUUCCAAGAUGGGCCGAAGUCGAGCUAUCCAACCUUUACAAGCAAUUUCUCUGGGCGCACGCUACAUCAAACGAGCGGUGUCGGCACAAAGUCAACCCGGGUAUUCUAGUGACGCCAAAGAAGGCAGGUGGAGUUGGACUCGUUCCCAUAACGGUAGCGAUCAAGACACAAAGACUAAAGCAUGCAGUGGUGUGGCUAACGCAAUAA